AUGGCGGCCCAUUCAUCUGAGAUGCAGGUAUCACCGCCUGAUGAUCUUCGUGAUCAUGAGGCUAGGCUAGAAGAGGCCAUUCCGGAAGCUACCGGAGGCGAUGAAUGUUUGGAAGGCAUGGAGCUUGCUGUAUACAAUGCCGCAAAACAAGGCGACAUUGUUGCCCUUUCGAAUUCAGAACAUAGGGAUCAUCUUCACCAAAUAUUGACUCCAACUGGAAACACAAUCCUCCAUAUCUACAUAGCAUGUGCAACGUCAUUCGAUCUCAAAGAAGUGAGCAAAUCAGCCAUCGGCGUCGAGAAGAUUCUUCAAAUGUGUCCACCACUACUGCUGCAGUCCAACAAGAUCGGCGACACUGCAUUACACAUUGCGGCAAGAUACGGAUGCACUGCUAUAGUUGAAAUGAUUUUGCAGAUUGGCAAAAAAAAUCGUGACGAAGGAGAGGGAGCUUGGCCGAGAAUCAUCAGCAAAAAAAAUAAGGAGGGAAACACAGCCUUGCACGAGGCCGUGCGGUUUAAUCACUUUGAUGUGGUGAAGAUGUUGUCGUUGACCACACAAGAUGUUCAUGAGCAGAUUUCCUACUCUGCUAAUGUCGCCGAAGAGACUCCUCUAUACAUGGCUGCCGAAAGGGGAUAUCGUGAUGUGGUUUUUCAAAUCCUACUAAGUUGCACAGAUCCAGCUUACCAAGGCCCCAAUGGUAGAACUGCUCUACAUGCUGCAGUCAUACGCAACCAUAAAGGUUAG